AUGUAGUGGCCUAUGUUGAAGUGUGGUCUUCCAAUGGGACAGAAAAUUAUUCAAAGGCAUUUACGAACCAGCUUGUGGAUAUGGGUGCAAAGGUUUCAAAAACUUUUAACAAACAAGUAACUCAUGUUGUCUUCAAAGAUGGGUACCAGAGCACUUGGGACAAGGCCCGGAAGAGGGGGAUAAAGCUCGUCUCAGUGCUCUGGGUUGAAAGGUGCAGGGCAGCUGGUGUGCGUGCUGAUGAGUCCUUAUUCCCAGCAACUGGCCCCAGUGAGCACAUACUAAGCCUGAUGAGAAAAAAGCGUAAGUGCAUGCAGCCCAAAGAUUUUAUUCCUAAAACACCAGAAAAUGAUAAAAGACUUCAAAGGAAAUUUGAGAAAAUGACUGCACAGCUACAGAGACAAAGGACAGCUCUAGAUGACAACAUGCCUGUUUUCUUAUUUGAGUCUUGCGACUCAUUGACAUACAGUUCCUCAAUUAAAGUCGGUGGUCACCAGCACACAAUGGAGAAGAGAUUGCAGGAGAUGAAGGAGAAAAGGGAACAUCUUUCCCCGACCUCUUCCCAGAGGACCGAGCAAGCUCAGGAGAACCCAGAUGACACUCUGUGUGAAGCACCUUCGAAUGUUUCCCGGGAUAUCUUGUGUGCAGAUGAACCCUUUGCUGGCGGUUCACACUCAUCUUUGGAUGAGCUCUGUGGAAAUCAGGAGAGGAUAUUGGGAGAAUCUGUUAAGGAAAUGAAAAGUGACACGUGCGGUUCCUUACCUGCGCUGGACACAAGCCACACUCACUCACUAGCAUCGGCCAGCUGCCUCAGUGCGUUAAAUCCCCAGAAACACACAAGUGAUCUUCCAGAGGAAGAAGUCAGCCGGCUGAGAGACCCAGGCGGUGACGUGCUCAGCCCAGACAGAGAGCAGGCUGCAGGGGCGUCUGAGAUGGGAGAGGAGAAAAGUAGCCCCUGUCCUGAGACACCUGCAAGCGGAGCGCGUCUCCGGCUGCACUCAGCAUCCAGAAGCCCCUCCGCAAAGAGGAAAAGGGUGCCAGCAGAUCUGUGGUCACCGCUAAGAGAAACGCCGAGGAGGAGGGGGAGCAGCAGCCGGAGGCCUGCGGUGCCCCACGUGCAGCUGCUCAGGUCCGGACGUGGCCUGCAGUUCCCGUCCUUGUCUGAUGUGGGGACUCCGGACAGUGCCGCAUCCUCUUAUGAGGAUUACUUCUCCCCCGAGAACCUCCAGGAAAGGAUCUCAGGGCACUGUCCUCCUGGGCCUCAGCCAUCAGCAGGCCCUGCCCACAUCGGCUGCAGAAGCCUUUCCCAGAGGGAGAGAGCGAGUAUCCUAGAAACGUCUGACCUGUCUUGCAUUGGGGAGAAACCAAGAUCUGUCAGCACUGGCAGUUUGGCGGCAAGAGCUGCCUCCAGCCUCCGGACACCUGUGUGCAUGGCUACGGAGGACACACCUGCUGCCGAGAAAAACCCUGGGCACAUUGGGCAGGCCGAGUGUCCCCAGGGAGAAGAUGCAGGGCCCGCAGGAAGUCGCUGUCCCCACACCACCCCCAACCCUGCUGGUCCAGAGCAGGAGGGCAGCUGCUCCCCCGUGCAGGGGAUUAGAGCAGAGAGAGGACUGGCUGGCGGGAGAAGCACCCAGAAAGAGGGCCCUGCUGCUGCAGUGCCGAAGUCCCCUGUGGGGCACACACAGGAGUGUGAGCUGCGGCUCAGAGGGGUGCAGUCUGCGGAGGAAGAGAAGGAAAACCUAGCCCUGGGAUACAGUGGAACCCGGGCCCCUGGCAGAGUGGAGGAGGGCGCGAGGCCGCACUGACCUGGUGGAGAGGAAAAGCGCGUGGAGAUCCCGUGGCAGAGCCGUCGCGGGUGCGGGCCAGGCCCCGGCGUGACUCGGCGUGACUCAGAUGGGGUCUUCCGUUCGCCCUGGCACAGGCCAUCCUCUGCAGUCGUCUGCCAUAGUUCAUGUCGUCCCCAAGAGAAACCUUUGUGUUGCCCAGCCUAGAUCUAGCCCCUUUCAUUGAUGUUUUAAAUUGUCCCCUGGCGCUCAGCAAAUCUACCGUAGAUGAAACUAGAAAGCCUUCUUCAGUUUACCUGGAAGCUCCCUACCUACCAGGACUUCAGAGCAUGGACGACUGCUCGGUACGUGCAGCCAGACCUCUCUGCUCUCCCCUGCUGGAAUAAAAGUCAAUUUUUGUUGCCAGUGCCUUGCAGUUGUUGCUGUUGUCCCCAGCACAGUGUGUAAUAAAGGUUUCCAGAACAAAUUACCGAUUCAGUAAUAAAUAUAACAACAGGAAUGGAAGGAGACUUAAUUUUUAAAAUAAUCUUUAAGUAUUUUUUUUUUUUUACAUUUUUAUUCCCAGUUUUAUAAGCAGUACUCAAGUACAUUCAUUCCCAUUGUAACAAAGACUGUUAAAAGAACACAAUCUUCCUACAUCACAUUCCUUACCCUUCCUCCCAGCAGGUAAAGCUAUAAAAUAGUCUGCCUCUCCUGACUCAGGUGUCUUUCUGGUUUGUGAGGAGCAGUGUAGGCUCCGCCCCGGGAGGUGCGUUCCUGGGGCAGGCGGGGCAGAUGCUUACAUCACAUGGGUCAGCGGGGAGCGGUGAGCGAGUGGGAGAAGGGCAGAGGUGAAGGGGAGGAGGCUUCUGUGAGGUGGUAGAGAAGAGGCCUGUGACCACUGCUGAAAUCACGCUUCAGUGCAAGGUCAGGCAGGUACGGGAGUCCUUAAGUAGGCAGAAGCCCACAGGCAGAAGGGGCCAGUGUAGCAGAAAGCCCUGGAGCGGAAGGUGGGGGGGAUCUGUGAUCAGUGCCCUCUGUCCCCACUAAGGCACAGGUUGUUUUGAUUAGUUUUCCAGUGUGUUCAAAAGCCACUUGGGAUUUUGAGCCAGGGGAGACCAAAUCAAUUUGCUGUGAAUGUAACCCUGGAUACUUGAAAAAGUUGUGGUUUAGAGUGUUUGCCACUGGAAGCAAUCACAAUCAGCAGUGUGUCCUUCCAGACAUCGGUGCGUGUGGGCACACGUGUCACAGCAAGCAUCGUUUAUGGGCUACUUGUGCACACAUGGACUUACAUUAUGCUAGUGCCUCAAAAUUUUUUACUUAAUAUUUCUGAUAUAUUUGAAUCAAUAGAUUCAUUUCACUUUUUAGUAUAGCCUAUUUCUGUUAUGGGCCAGGUAGUAAAGACUACAUUUUGCGGGCCAAAUCGAGGUAUGUAGAUACUUGUGUAGAUAAUGAAGUGAUAGGAAUAAGACAUGUUUCAUGUCUGGAUCUAGCCCCCCGCAAAGCCUGAUGCAGUCAUGGGGGGCAGGAUGUUCAGAGGU